GGAAGGAACGCAGAAUUUGAUAUAGUCAUAGCACACUGCUGCUUCAGCAUGAAGGGUUUAUUCUGCCAUAUGAAUGAAGAUGUGAAGUUUGUCCUUCAGGAUGCAGAACUUCCUUUGGCCUUGAGUGAAUACUAUGUGAAAAUGCAAGUUAAAGCAUGUGCCUUAAGCCCACUGGAUCUAGAGUUGCUGACAGACCUAAAUAUUCUAAAAGAUUCAGUUCCAGUUGGAAGAGAAAUAGCAGGAGUUGUACUUGAAGUUGGAUCGAAAGUAACAUUUUUUCAACCUGAUGAUGACGUAGUUGGAAUUUUACCUUUGGAUGCCAAAUUUUCUGGACUUUCCGAUGUUAUUUUGGUCCACGAGCAUCAUUUAGUACUGAAACCAGAGAAAGUGAACUGGGUGGAAGCUGCAGGUACAAUUCGCGAUGGACUGUGUGCAUACACUGCUUUACAUGCGCUUUCCCAUGUGUCAUCUGGAAAAACAGUUCUAGUCCUGGAUGGUGCAAGUCCACUUGGCAUAGUUACCAUUCAGUUAGCUCAUCACAGAGGGGCCAAAGUGCUUGCCACAGCCUUGAGUAUUGAAGAUAAGCAGUACUUGGAGCAGCUACGACCUACCAUAGGCAUUCGAGAGUCUGUAGCUGCAAGGGUAAUUAACAUGUCUGAUGGAAAAGUUGACCUUGUGGAAAGCUGUUUGGAGGAAACUGGAGGUUUAGGAGUAGAUAUCAUUCUUGACGUUGGAGUGAAACUUCGUCAUACAAAAGAUGGCUCUACCUCACAGAAGUGUUUUCCGCACAAACACGAUAUCAUCACACUCCUAGCUAUUGGUGGUCAGUGGGUCACUUCAGAGAAGAAUCUCCAGCUGGAUCCUCCAGAUAGCCGUACUCUGUUCCACAAGGGAGCUACAGUGUCAUUCCUUAAUGAUGAGGUGUGGAAUCUGUCAAGUGCACAACAAGGAAAGUAUCUUCAUAUCAUGAAGGAUAUAAUGCAGAAGUUAUCCAUUGGGGUUUUCAGGCCCCAACUGGAUGAUCCCAUUCCUUUAUAUGAAGCCACAGUUUCUAUGGAAAUGGUGCAGAAGAAGAACAUCAGGAAAAGACUUGUCAUUCAGCUCUGAGAUUACAGUCGUCUGCCAAGACGUGGAGUCCUAGAUAAGAGGUUAAUAUGGGCACUGUUCAACAGAAAAAACACGUCAAAACAUCAUGACUUCUUAACAAAACGUUUACAGCCCUUUGUGCUGAUGUCAUGAUCAUACAGGUGUACAUGAGUUAUUCAUAUAGAAGGUUUAAUUGUAAUUAUGUACAGCAAUUUCAUUUUAGUUCCCAAAAUUGUAUACACAUUUUAUCUCUGCUGGUUUUCAUUCUGUUAGAGGUACAUGCUAUACAUGACAUACAAAAGAUGCAAUCGCAAGAAUUGUAUUUCUAUUAGAAAUGGCUGAUUGCCUUUGUGAUACGUUAAGCCUGUUAAAUAUGUUGAUUUACUUUUCUGGUAGCUCAACACACUGAGCAGUUUUCAUGAAGCUAGUUGAUAAUUAAACAAUUGCAGUUUUUUCAUAAA